CCAUCAUCCCUCUAUAUUCCUCCUCACGCCCUCCAUAGUAUUGAUUCUUAUCUCUUCAGGGCCACUACAGAUCACACUAACUCCAGCCCUGUACACUGAGUUGUCUUACUAAACACACACACAGGACAGAACAGACUCUUCUAUUACCAGACCCGUCACUCCAGUGCUCAACUGAGCUGGGAAGUUUAUCUUACUGUGCCCGCUGCUCAUCACAGGAGAGAGGGACAGAAACAGUGGACAGAAGAGAAAGAGGAACUGCAUCGAUGAGAGAUAUGGGAGGGAAGGAGAAGAAGAUUUUGGGCAUUACUGAUGUUCCGAAAUACCAGGGGUCAGAUAAGAAGCCUUCUCCAUGCUCUGAGGGUUGUAGUAGUGAGUCGACCUCAGGAAGCAGGAAGCAAUAUGGAAGAGUCCAUCAGACCCAGACGUCGGGGGUGCCAUGGUCCCAGCCCUGCUCCAACUCCUCCCCUGCUGGGGACAAGAUGGAGCGGCUAAAGGUGAUCCGUAACCAUAGCAACAGCCUUCGUCUGGGCCGUCUGGCGUUCUUCAGACACCUGGAGAAGGUGGAGACCAUGAGGAGCUUCUGGGAGCUGAAGCAUGUGGAGCUGGAGGGAGACCCACAACAGCUGAAGGACAAUGGGAUGAGGGAUGGGAAGGACAAGGCCAAACUCAGCCUGAAGUGCCGGAAAGCCCAGAAGAAGAAGCCUCCAGAUGCAUCAGACUCUGUAGAGGCCCUCCUUCUAGACCAGGUAGAGAAGCUCAACAGGCAGAAUGCUGAGCGUUCCCAUGGUAACGGGGUGGUUCUGGACAUGCCCCGCCUCCCCGUUGUCCAACCAGAGGACAUGGAAGAGCUAGAGGGGAAGGAGGAGGAGAAGAGGAAAACCCCCGAGCAGGAGGAAGGGCAGAGGGCCAGGGAAGAAGAGGAAAAGGAGGGGGAUAUAUUUGGUGAAUCUGACCCUGAGGAAGAGGAGGGAAGAGAGGGAGAGGCACUGAAGAUUAAGGUGGAGCACGUUAAAGAGGAAGACGGGGAGAAGAGAGGGGAAGGAGGGGAGAAAGAGUCAUCAGAACCUCCAGAAAGUUCUGAGGAGUUCGGUGCCAGCAGUAAACGUGGCGUCAAUGAGGAGUAUUGGGUGAAAGAUAACUUGAAAAAGAGUCGAGUGGAGGAAAGGAAAGAGGGGGAAGAGGAGGAAGGAGGAGUUCCUGAGGGUUCAGAGCUUCAGGCUGCCCAAUCAGAGGCAGAGAAGACGGAGAAGGAAGAGGAGGUGGAUGAUGGACAGUCAAAAGAGUACAUCAUUGACUCUAGCCCUCCGCCAGCAGCCCCCUUUGACCACCGCAUCGUGACUCCUAAACCUCACCAGGUUACUACCUUCUACGCCAUUAACAGAGAGGAGGUCCUAGGAGGGGGACGUUUUGGACAAGUCCAUAAAUGCGUAGAGAAAUCUUCUGGACUGAAGCUGGCUGCCAAGAUUAUCAAAGCCAGGAGCCAGAAAGAGAAGGACGUGGUGAAGAAUGAGAUCCAGGUGAUGAACCAACUCAAUCACGCCAACCUGAUCCAGCUCUACGCUGCCUUCGAGUCACGCCACGACAUCAUCCUCGUCAUGGAAUAUGUGGAUGGAGGGGAGCUGUUUGACCGGAUCAUAGACGAGAACUACAACCUGACAGAGCUAGACACGGUGCUGUUCAUCAGACAGAUCUGUGAGGGAUUACAGUACAUGCACAAGAUGUACAUCUUGCAUCUAGACCUCAAGCCGGAGAACAUUCUGUGUGUGAGCAGAGCUACAAACAAGAUCAAAAUAAUAGACUUUGGGCUUGCAAGAAGGUAUAAGCCCAGGGAAAAGUUGAGGGUUAAUUUUGGAACACCGGAAUUUCUAGCUCCGGAAGUCAUCAACUAUGAAUUUGUCUCAUUCCCUACAGACAUGUGGAGUCUGGGAGUCAUCACAUACAUGCUGCUGACUGGUCUGUCUCCGUUCCUGGGUGACGAUGACAACGAGACUCUGAACAACAUCCUKGCCUGUCAGUGGAACUUUGAGGAGGAGGAGUUUACAGACAUCUCUGAGGAGGCCAAAGACUUCAUCGCGCGCCUGCUGAUCAAGAGCAAUAGUUGGAGGAUGAGUGCCUCACAGUCACURAAACAUUCCUGGCUGUCGGACAGUAAUCUUCACUACCGCCUGCAUCAGAAGAAAAAUAAGUGCCACUCAACGCACCCUCACCCUCCCCGAAAAUCUAGACAGUCCCCCAUCCAGAAUGAGUCUCCCCUCCAAAAUGACUCCCAAGACCCUGUGGGCCCCUUAUGAUGACAUGGGCAGGUGCCUAUUGAUGACACUGGGGCCAGGGGCGGGGCCCAACACUGGACCAACACUGCUGUACCUGUAUGGCUACUCAAUCACUACUCUCUGCGCAUCCUCGCAUCCUCGCAUCCGGUAGCUUUGCACCGCGGCUCGCUAUAGCUCUCGCCACAGAUGGGAGGGUGUUUAGGGUAACAUUUCUACCUCCAACCCCAGCCCCCUCCCACUCUGUUACUCUGGCCACAACAUUACCAAAGACACUCAGCUAACAACCCAGCUAACAAUGUCCACAGUGGCACGGUGCACCAUGCGGUCAUUCAGUCCUGCAAGCACAAAAAGAAGGGACCUUGGCCAUGACAAGGGAAGAGGGGAUUGCAGGUGGGGUGGCCAACAACUGUUUGUUAAACAGCUGAAUGUCCCUUAUGGGCCAGUGUAUUGCUCUCCUAGCUUCAGUUGGGUAACUGAAAGAACCCAGUUGGGACAGAGCUGACAUGUGCAGCCCCUGGGCUGAGGUUUAGGAGGAGGGCUUCUAGUCUGAGAGGACAUCAUGCACAGCCCCUCGGACCCAGUAGGCAUCAUUCUGCCGAAUGAAAGAUGAGGCGUGGAGUGAAAUAGUGGAGUGCCCAUUUUCCCCCAGUAGAAAUUGUAUCCGGUAUUAAUGUAGUAUUUAUCAUAUUGCAAUUAAUGUGGUGUAACAGUUACCUAAAACUUGACAUUACUUGAUAAAGAAAAGUAUGUGUUAAUGUGAUGGCUACCUUCAUAAUAGUUUUGUGUAAUUAAUAAAGGUAUUUUGCACAGUCACAUGUUAUAAGCAUCAUGCCCUGAACUUUAAUGGAUCACUAUCAAAUACAAACGGAACACCCAUCGUAUUAUUUAUGUACAUUUUCAGCAUACUGUGGAUGUGAAAUACCUUAUCAUAGGUCUAGUUUACCAAGUCUUGUCAUAACAUUGCUUUUUAUUUAUUUGAGAGGUUUUGAAUUAGAAGUCUGGUGUGGGAGCAUUUAUUUUCCUGGUAUUUUCCUAGCAUAGUUAGGAGUGUUUUUUUUCUUCUUUACAUUUGACAAUACUGUCCAUUUCUUCUUUAUUUGCCUCAUUGAAGUAUGUUGUGUUAAUUGAUUGAAAUUGGAAAAUUAACAAAUUAUUCCUUAGUAUUUGCUCUUCCCAUUGCUGCUAACUUUACUUACUCCUGGCAACACGGGUGUGAAUUUACUAUAAAACCACCUCUGUGCUUGCAUGCUGUUGGCUUGACCUUUGACCCUGCUUUGCUUUGGCCAUUUGGAGUAGCCCUCUCACCUUCCAUGAAGGCAUACACUACCUAUAUGAUUGAAUAAUUCAUGUUUAUCACUGAAGUUAGUAGCCACCCACUGGGCACAGAUGUCAGUUCAACGUCUAGUUUUGAUUUACAAUUGGUUCAGUUGUCAACUAACGUGAAUUCAAUAAUUAUUUAGGUUAAAAGAUUUAGGUUAGAAGUUUGGUGAAAAAAAGAUGAAAUGCCCUUACGUUGAUAACGUAAAUCCAAUUAUACUGAACAAAAAUAUGAACGCAACAUGU